GGAAGGUGCUGGAGGGAAGAGGGAGCCGGCUUCAUUGGGGUACCGUGGACACGCUGCGAAUUGAGGAAAGUUCCUGAGAAAAAUAAGAUAAAGAAGAGAUUAAGAAGCUUUUAAGCCAAGGUGCCACUGGCUGUUAGCAAUGACGCACAGCACACAGAUCUCCAAAGAUGAUCUGGAGGAACUGAGAGAGGCAUUUGCCAGAAUUGACACAGAUGAUAGUGGGUACAUUUCAGAUUAUGAGCUUCAUGAUCUCUUUAAGGAAGCAAACCUUCCCCUUCCCGGAUACAAAGUGCGGGAAAUCAUACAGAAGCUAAUGAAUGAUGGAGACAAAAAUAAGGAUGGGAAGAUAUGCUUUGAAGAGUUUGUUUUUCUUGUACAAGAAUUGAAAAGUAGUGAUAUUGCCAAAACAUUCCGAAAAGCUAUUAAUCGCAAAGAAGGGAUUUGUGCAAUAGGGGGCACAUCUGAGCUGUCUAGCGAAGGAACCCAACAUUCAUACUCAGAGGAAGAAAAAUAUGCCUUUGUAAACUGGAUAAACAAAGCAUUGGAAAAUGACCCGGACUGCAAGCAUGUUCUGCCGAUGAAUCCAAACACAAAUGACUUAUUUAGGGCUGUGGGAGAUGGCAUUGUCCUUUGUAAAAUGAUCAACUUGUCGGUUCCUGACACUAUUGAUGAAAGAGUCAUUAACAAGAAAAAACUUACUCCAUUCACCAUCCAGGAGAAUUUGAAUUUGGCCUUGAAUUCAGCGUCCGCCAUCGGGUGUCAUGUUGUCAACAUUGGAGCCGAAGAUCUUAAAGCAGGGAAGCCACACUUGGCGCUGGGGCUUCUCUGGCAGGUUAUUAAGAUCGGUUUAUUUGCAGACAUUGAACUCAGCAGGAACGAAGCUCUUGCUGCAUUGCUCCGAGAUGGAGAGACGUUGGAAGAUCUCAUGAAAUUGUCUCCAGAGGAGCUACUUUUGAGAUGGGCAAACUUUCAUCUGGAAAAUGCAGGCUGGCAAAAGAUCUCUAACUUCAGUUCUGACAUUAAGGACUCAAGAGCAUACUUCCAUCUUCUCAAUCAGAUUGCACCCAAAGGACAGAAAGAGGGAGAAGAGAGAAUUGACAUUAAUAUGUCUGGUUUCAGUGAAAAGGAUGAUCUGAAGAGAGCAGAGUACAUGCUACAGCAGGCAGACAGGCUGGGUUGCAGGCAGUUUGUCACGCCUGCUGAUGUUGUCAGUGGAAACCCUAAACUAAACUUGGCUUUUGUUGCUAACCUGUUCAACAAGUACCCAGCACUUACUAAACCAGUAAACCAGGACAUUGAUUGGACACUGCUAGAAGGAGAAACACGGGAAGAAAGAACAUUCCGGAACUGGAUGAAUUCCUUGGGAGUGAACCCACAUGUGAACCACCUGUAUAAUGACCUACAAGAUGCACUUGUCAUAUUACAAUUGUAUGACAAGAUCAAAGUCCCAGUUGACUGGAAUAAAGUGAACAAGCCUCCAUACCCUAAACUUGGGGCAAACAUGAAAAAGCUUGAGAACUGCAACUAUGCUGUUGAACUGGGCAAAUAUCCUGCUAAAUUCUCCUUGGUUGGUAUUGGUGGACAAGAUCUGAAUGAUGGAAACCCAACACUGACAUUGGCACUGGUCUGGCAGGUGAUGAGAAGGUACACAUUGAAUGUCUUGGAGUGUCUCGGGGAAGGACAGAAAGUUAAUGAUGAAAUCAUUGUAAAUUGGGUGAACAGAACCCUUGCUGAUGCUGGGAAAAAAACCUCAAUCCAGAAUUUUAAGGACAAAACGAUCUGCACAAGCUUUGCCGUAGUGGAUCUGAUCGAUGCCAUCCAGCCAGGCUGCAUUAAUUAUGAACUAGUAAAGAGUGAUGACGGUCUUACUGAUGAAGAUAAACACGAGAAUGCCAAAUAUGCAAUAUCAAUGGCUCGAAGGAUUGGUACCAGAAUAUAUGCACUCCCAGAGGACCUUGUGGAAGUAAAACCCAAGAUGGUCAUGACCGUCUUUGCCUGCCUGAUGGGCCGUGGGAUGAAAAAAGUGUAAUUGUGUCAUGAAGACAGCGUGUGGUAUGCCAGGGUUGAACCCUUGCACAAUUUGGCAGUUUACACUUGGUUUAGGAACUGCCAAAAGUGGCAAGACUUUCAGUAUCAGUUCUCAGGAAGAAGCGCUAAAUGCCACAAGUGCUUUCUUUCCCAGAUCACCUUCAAGUUCACACCAAAAUGCAUUCAUGCUUGGACUUUUGUCUUUGGUUUGUUUUUUUUUUUAUUUUUUUUCAGUUUUAAACCCUUUACUACCCGAUCCUACAUCAGUGGAUUGCAGUGCAGUCAUAUGUUAGGAUUGUUAGUAGUGAAGGAUUUUAUAUAUACAAUGCUUACCCCAUAGUACCAAAGGGUGGUAGAAUUUAUGACGUAUCUCUAUAGUCUUAUAUUUUCAACACUAAAAUAUGCACAGUGUCUUAUGUUUGUUACGUCUUUGUGCUGGGGAAAACACAAGCAGAGGGAUUUUAUUCUUCUUAAAGUGCAUCUUAUCUCAUUGGUAAUUUUCUUCUCUGUGAAUUAUUGCUAGUGCUUACCCUGUCAGUGAUUUGCAAGUAUAAUAUUCAGGUUGCCAAAUGGAUAGAAGUGGGCAUAUCCUGGCAUCCAUUUUGCUCUCUUCUCAUGACUGACAAUAUAUACAAAAUAUGAUUAGUCUUUUUGCUCUGAUCACAACACAUUCCUUAUUCUAAAAACUGUACAUUUGAGUGUGCACAGAAAAUAUUUAUGUUGGCAUCAUUUUAGAACUGUAUAAAUAUAAUGCAGCAAUAUAACGGUUGCACCAAUUAUUUAGUAACUAUGGAAGGGUCAGUAUUUGUUAAGAAAACAACACAAACCCUUGGAAGACCAAAACAAUAGGAAAUAGCUGCAAAAUACCUUUAUAUUAACUUUUAGUAUGAUGUAGAGAGUGAUAUUCUGAGACAAUUUGCAAUUGGUCUUCAAUUUUUAUUUGUGGUUUUUGAAUUAUUUAGCUUUUUAUUCAUUAACUCUCCAGUGUAAAAUGUAAGCAGCUCUUUGGUUGCUAUGUUCCAAGUUACCCAAGCAACCAGUCAGUAGAUUGAAAGAGAGCCAGGAAUAUGAAUAGGAGAGGCCUGAAUAGAAAACUAAGUAGUAAAAAGUAACAAUAGAACUGUGUAGCCUCACGGAGCAAUAGGUUUUUGGCUGUCUAGAUCUGUGACCCCAUUUGAAAGCUGGAAAGACGCAGAAGGCAAAUCAUUUUAAAACUAGAAAAAAUAAGUAAGGAAGACCAAUUUAAAAAAAGUUUUUUAGAAUAGGCAAUUCUACUGAUUACCCCUUUGUUUUUCUGCCAGUUGUCAGCAAAGCUAAAGUUCUGUGUAAACUAACUUUCCUAUAUUUCCUGAAAAAAGCUGGCUGUCCGAGACCAAUCUGGCUGAUAUAUAUAGCCCAAUCUCUCUUCAUUUCCAUUCCUCUAAUCAAUAAUGGUCCAAGCAUUGCUACUAUUUAUCAGCAAUAAGUAUUUUUGUACUCUCGCCUUCUGUUUCGUAUUCAGAAUGAAUGCAUUUUUGUCUGUAUCUUGUUUCAAAGCAUAACCAUAGAAAAUAUUUUCUUCCCUUUUUGUAUAAGGCCCGCAUGAACAUUAUUGUUUUGGUUUUUUUUUUUUGUAACAAUUUUUAUUUAAAGUUAUAUUAGUUAUAAAUAACAUUCCUGUUUUAUCUGGAAAUGCUGGUUUCAUACAUGCCACAGAGCGAAAACUGCACAUGGCAGGAAGUUUCAUAUCUCUGCAAAACAAAUACAAAAAAGAAAAGCGCCAAAGAUUGAUUUAAACCUCUAUAUAAACAGGUAUUACUAUUUUGGCUUUGGCAGGCUGUUUGCUAGUUUUUAAAGACCUUGCUGCUAUUUUAAGCUGUUUCAAGUAUGGUGGUAUACACCUCUAAUAAAACAUCAAUCUCU